GACAGAGGCCAGCUGGAGCGGAGGAGCUGCGCCCAUUCGGGGCCCCCUCCCCUUCUCUCCUCUCUUCCCCCAGGCUGAUUUUUUGGAUAGACUCAAUGGGAAAGGAGAUUUCGGGAAAGAGGGAGGGGGAAGUUCCUCCAGCAGGCGACAGAUUUAAAGUCCCGAUAGGCGUCCGCGGAUUCUGUUUGGCUGCGCUGCCUUUACGCAAAAGCGGCGAGGGGUUUCGCUGGAUUUCCUCUUCUUUAAAGGCUUCAGGAUGGCCACCAGGUGGGGGGCAGAGAGCCGAGCCGGAGAGCUGGAGAGAACUGUAGGCUCCUGAGUCGGGGGAGCGGGGGAGGAGAAGGAGGAGGGGGGGUCAGAGAGGGGAAAGAGGGAGGGAGGGAGCGCUGGGCUUGUGUGAAACAGAAGAGAGGCAGACAGACGGAGAAGGAGAGAAAGGGAGGCUUGCGCAGGGAAGGAGGGAGGGAGGGAUGCUCAGGGACCGCUUCCAGAUCGCCGAGGAGGUGGCCCAGGAGGAGCAGCUUCCAUGAGCUCCGAGAUCGGGGCCCCGGUGCCUCGCAGCCCGGCCUUGAUGAGCCAGCAGCCGCCUCCGCCGCCCUCCGCGCUGGAGUCGUCCAGCAACGGCAGCAGCAGCAACAGCAGCGCUUCAGCGUCCGCGCCGUCGAAAGCCAAGAAAGCCAGCUCGGGGCUGAGGCGCCCGGAGAAGCCUCCUUAUUCCUACAUCGCUCUUAUCGUCAUGGCUAUCCAGAGCUCGCCGUCGAAACGGCUGACGCUGAGCGAGAUCUACCAGUUCCUGCAGGCGCGCUUCCCCUUCUUCCGCGGCGCUUACCAGGGCUGGAAGAAUUCGGUGCGCCACAACCUGUCGCUCAACGAGUGCUUCAUCAAGCUGCCCAAAGGGCUGGGCCGGCCCGGGAAGGGCCACUACUGGACCAUCGACCCGGCCAGCGAGUUCAUGUUCGAGGAAGGCUCCUUCCGACGGCGCCCCAGGGGCUUCCGAAGGAAAUGCCAAGCGCUCAAGCCCACCAUGUACCACCGCAUGGUGAACGGCCUGGGCUUCCUCCCGCAGGGCUUCGACUUCCAAGCGCCCCCCGCCGCCCCGUUGGGCUGCCACCCCAACGGCUACAACCCCCUGGACGUGAUGCAGGCCGGCGCCUACGAGGCGCACCACGUCCCACACAUGUCUCCCAACCCGGGCUCCACUUACAUGGCCAGCUGCCCGGUGCCUUCCAACGGCGGCGCCGACUACGGCCCCGACAGCAGCAGCAGCCCCGUGCCCUCAUCACCCGCCAUGGCCAGCGCCAUCGAGUGCCACUCGCCCUACGGCAGCCCCGCGGGACACUGGACCUCCUCGGCUGCCUCGCCCUAUCUCAAGCAGCAGGCCCUGCCGCCGCCCACCCCCGCCGCCCCCACGGGCAUCCACUCCGGAGUGGCCUCCUACUCGCUGGAGCAGAGCUACUUGCACCAAAACGGCAGGGAAGACCUCUCAGUGGGGCUGCCUCGCUACCAGCAUCACCCGUCCCCGGUGUGCGACAGGAAGGAUUUCGUCCUCAACUUCAACGGCAUCUCUUCCUUCCACCCGUCGGCCAGCGGCUCCUAUUACCACCAUCACCACCACCAUCAAAGCGUCUGCCAAGACAUCAAGCCCUGUGUGAUGUGAACAAUGACCUUGGGAGCUGGAUUGAAAGGAGAAGGUUGGGGAGGUUGGGGUGGGAGCGAGAGAGAGAGGUCCAAAGACUUCACCCAAAAGAUCACACGCAACGGGAGGACUCGCGCGGAUCGAGCCCAGAGGUCCACGCCCAGCUGCGCGAGCCUCCCUUUGUAAGUACAGUGCGCCAGUCACUUAAGGAAAGCCGCGUAAGGGCCGGACGCCCGGUUGGAUACGUGCGCUCCUUUUCCGCGGGAUCCUAAACCUCUCCUACUGAGUUCACAGCAGGCCUGCACGUGUUCCCUGCGAAGUAAGCCCGGCUGCGUCCAGUGGGGCUUCCCAAGCGUGCAGGAUCAGCAACUCUAGCCCAACAGAAACGUGCGCAAUGUUGCAGCUCCAUCCUAGAGCGCCAGAAUGUGAAACUAAAUCCCACCGACUUCAGCUAGGAAGGGGAACAGGUGUGUGGGGGGGAGGGGGCGAUUCGAGGCAUACUUCCUCAGAAGUAAAUCCCAUAGAGUCCAAUGGUUCGAUGCGUAUAGGAUGGCAGUCUUAGCCUUGAACAGAUCCGCAAGAGGGAGAGGACUGCGAUCCUAGACAUACACCCGCAUCUAGGAUGGAAAGGUGGGCUGUAGCGCAGGAAAGCUCAUAGCCAUGAUGAUACUAAUUAAUAAAUAAACACCAGUCUUUAAGGUGUCAAGUGUACGUUAUGUAUAGGACACAGCCUUAAGCCUCAGUGAACCCAAGGAGACUUUCCUCUGAAGAAAGCAUGCUUAGGAUCGCGCUGCGUACAACUCAAGCUACAGGGAAUGGGCCCCUGUUUGCUUUGUGUGUUUGGAUGAAAGGGCAGAAGGUGGUCGCUGCAGCGUCAGGCAGGUUCAGAAUCAAUCGGGCGCAUUCCUUUGAAAGCCAGUAUUUUAAAGAAGUGAAGCAGAAGGCUAGUUCAUAUACAUAUAGUUACAUUUUUAAAAAACAAAAAUAAUCAAAGGCAACUGCGAUUGGAAUCUGCCAGCUUUUCAAUUACACAGAAAUUUAGGGCGGUGGGGGGGGGAGAAGAGAGAUGUCCCCCUUUUUAUGCCUGAUGUCCGUGCAACACAGAAACAAUCCGCAUUCACUGAGUUCGCCUACUUCAUCAUCCGAAUAAAGCACUUUCGUUUUGAGUCCUGCUUCAUUUCAGCUGGAGAGAUCUAAGCAUGCAGGGCAUUGCAGCACAAGGUAGGCUUCGAUUCUGCACGUGUUUACCUGGGAGCACGUGCCAUUGGACUCCACGGGGCUUACUCCCGAGUAGAAAUAUAUGGGGUUGCACCGUGAAGUCUUUGCGCCGCUGAGAUUACCUUCCGAGUAAGCUACGUAGGUUCACGAUCACACUCUCCUAUUGAAGUCAGCGUUGUCUGUCACAGAAUCGUACCUCUAGCUUUUGAAAAUGCAGAUUUAUUAUUCCCUAGUGUCAGCAGAGCCAUUGUUUUGCGGGAUGCUGUUUCAGCAGCACCAGCCAGUAUUAACAAACCUUGUUUUAAAAUUUGGAGAGGGUGUGUGCUUGUGCGUGGUUGUGUCGCUUCCAAGAAAGUCCCCAGAUUCUGUUUGUUUGUGUUUUGUUUUCCAAUAUUGCAACAAUACCACGUUUGGGGUUUAGUUUAUUUCCUUUCUUGCUUUUUUUUUACUUUUUUUAAAAAAGUGUUUAUAUCACAGUCUUUUAAAAUAAUUAUUUGGAAUAAAUCUCGUGUAUACUCACACACUAUCGCUUUUAAACCGGAGAGUAUAAUUUGCACUUAUGUAUAACUUUUGUCAAAAUAUUGUGAUGUACAAACUUGUUGGGGUGGGUUUCUUGUUGAUGUGUGUGGUGUGUUUCCCCCCCAAUAAAAUGUAUAUGGCCA